AUAAAAUAUGAAAGUAUUUUGCCUUUUACUUUCUUCAGAUAUCUAACAUGGCAUUGAAAGUUCAUUAGGUUUUUACUGAAUAAUGAGGGAAACCAUUUCUCUAAGUACAUGAGAUUUUGGUGACCUAAUCGAUAGUACCACAACAUUACAGACUCGUCGUUAUUUGGAGAAACCACUGCACAAUAAUUGGCUUUGAGUUCUUUGGAGGAAUCUUCAACUUGCAAGUAGUAAAGUCCAACACACUCUUUAGCACUAGAAAUUGUCUUUCCCAACUCCAAAAUUUAAAAUUCACACAGAAAAUAUCUUAUAAGAUUUUUUAUAUUAUAUUAGAGUAUCUUGAGUUAUUUCCUAGGAUCAAUUUAUAAUCAUAGAGAUAUCUUAGAAUAUCUCAUUAUUAUUAUGAUUUAUUCCUGCUUUAGGAUUGAGUCUAUGUUACUCUAUAAAUAGAGAUUAUUAUUGAGUCUUUGUAAUCAAGUUAGCAUAAAGCUAUUAUCAAUAAUAUUCAAACCCUUAUUAUUUUCUCUCCUCCUUUUCUCUAAAAUCCCACAACUUCAACAUGGUAUCAGAGCCUAUUUCAAUCCUCCUUGAACAAUUUGCUGUUGUUCCGCUUCUAAGUUCCCAACAGUUAGGCAAUAUAAUUAUAGUUUUUCUUUUCCAACGUGAUAUUUUUUUUCUCAAACGACACUGGUUUACGUUUCCGUUCAGUUCGUUACUGCCGCCGCCACUGUUUCCGGCGACUUUUACGGCAAACAACCACCUUCGACUUCGCUCCUUCAAAAAUAAUACUAAGCAUUUCUAUUCAUCUUCCUCCGCCGCCACUGCUCGUUUCUAUUUGUAUUCAUCCACCGCCGCUGCCGCCAUGGUUGUUCACACAAAGGAUGAACCCUACCUAGCCGCCUCAAUCUCUAAGCGCGUCCGUAUCUUCGAAUGGAUUCAGGAGGAGCAGCAGAUUUGUCUGCUUUCCCCAUAUAUAGAUCUGAUUAAGGUACUGCUUCCUGAUGGAAACGUGAAGGAAGGAAAAAAAUGGUAACCUACUCAUUUGGACGUUGCUCGUGAAAUCUCAAAGAAUUUGGCCAAUAAUGCUCUUAUUACUAAGGUUAAUUGUGUUCUUUGGGAUAUGACUCGUCCUCUUGAAGAGGAUUCUCAACUUCAGAUCUUUAGGUUUGAUGAUGAUGAAGGACAUGACACUCUUUGGCAUUCUAGUGCUCACAUUCUUGGCCAGUCACAUGAGACGGAGUAUGGAUGCAAGAUUUGCAUUGGGUUGUGUACUACAAGAGGAGAUGGAUUCUAUUCUGAUGUUUUUUGUGGCGACUCGGGAUUGAAUGAUUAUCACUUUAAACUAAUUGAGGCUGGGGCAUUGAAGGCUGUUGCGAAAAAACAACCCUUUGAGCAGUUUGUGAUAACUCUCGUUGAAGCGAGGGAGUGUGCUCCUGGUAUGGCGAGGAAGAUGUCACAGUUUACUAGCAGGUUGUUUGCAAUUCUUAUGAAAAUGCUUUUGGAUAUUGAGGAUGAUCCAGCUUGGCACACUGUGGAGAUUGAGGAUGAAGAUGCUGGUGAAACUAGCAAUUAUAGUGUUGGACAGGAAUGUUUGGAUAGGUUAUCUAUAUCUCUGGGAGGAAAUCCGAUUGUUCCUGUUGCUUCUGAACAAUUACUUGCAUAUUUGGCUGCACCUGAGUGGCAAAAACGUCUUACUGCAUUGAUUGCACUUGCUGAGAUAGCUAAAGGAUGCUCAAAGGUCAUGAUAAAGAAUUUGGAGCAAGUGGUGGCUAUGGUAUUGAAUUCAUCUCCUGAUCAGCAUCCUCAUGUAAGGUGGGCAGCUAUUAAUGCAAUUGGUGGGCAAUUGUCUACUGAUUUGGGUCUAUAUUUGCAAGUUCAAUAUCGUCGGGGGGUGUUUCCAGCCCUAGCUGCUGCAAUGGAUGAUUUUCAGAAUCCUCGUGUAGAGACUCAUGCUGCU